ACCUAGUAGAAAUAUACGCACGUAAUGAUGGAGGAAUCUCAGGAGUAUUUCCUUAAUUUCACACCUUAGGAUUUGACACAAUCACACCCUCCAUUAAUUAAAUUAUUCGCCUAAACUAGAAAACCCCAUUUAUAAAAUAGCCACGUUCUCAUGUAGUGCCACAAUCCUCAUAACGAAUCCAAUCCAAAACACAUAAAAAGGUAAAGUGAGGGAGAGAGAGAGAGAAAGAACAAGCAAAAUAAGAAUGGGCAACAGUAUUGGAGGAGGAAGAAAGAAAGUAAAGGUGAUGAAAAUCAAUGGAGAAACAUACAAACUGAAACUGCCAGUAACAGUUAUGGACGUGGUAAAGGAUCACCCAGGUCAUGUUAUCUUAGAUUCAGAAGCUGUAAAACAUUUUGGGGUUAGAGCUAAGCCAUUGGAGGCCCAACAAGAGCUGAAACCAAAGAAGCUCUAUUUUCUAGUGGAGCUUCCGAAGGUUUCCUCUGAUCAUCAGCAGGAUCAUUACAAAUCGGUGAGAAGGGUACAGUCCGGGAUCAACAUGAGCGCCAAGGACCGACUCGAGUGCCUGAUGCUGUCUCGUAGGGCUGUUUCCGACAUUUCCAUGGCAAGGGCCUCCUCCAGCCAUGUCUCUUCCGGUGGGCCAGCUGUUCCCAAUUCUGGCCCAAUCAGAGUCAAGAUGAGGCUCCCAAGAGCCCAAGUUGCUAAAUUGGUGGAAGAGAGCAGAGAUGAGGCCGAAGUGGCUGAGAAAAUUAUUGGCCUUUAUAUGGAAAAUAACGGUGGCCGCGCCACUGUUCAUGCGGCGGACGAGAUAAAAAGUGGUGCGUUGCUUCACCGUGACGAGCGCCGGAAGCCCGGUCUCGGUAGCAUUUCUGAGAAUUACAAGGCCCGUGAGAAACGAGUGACUUUCCUACCAAUCGAAGAGGGAGAAAUUCGUUUAGCUUUAUAGCAGCCUUUUUGGUCAUAACAAUGCAUUAAUUUGUCCAAACAAAGCAUCAAUUAGGCAUAGUUAGAAAGUCAAAACCAAGUAGAGCACCUGGAUUUUUGUGUCCCUUAUUAUGUAUAUAGUUAAAGUAGAUUUUAUCGUGUUAGCCAAUUACAGUUGUCUUGUUUAUGACAUUUUUAUCUUUCAUAUAUAUAGGAUUGUUUUAAGGUGGUAUUUGUAGUGCAUUUAAUAGUUUGUUUUAAUUGUAAUAUUAUGAUUUUGAAUGUAAUAUAUUUAAACUAAAAUUGAUUAAAA